GUGGAAAGUGGUGCUUCAUAUCGCGUUUGUGCUUUUUCGUAAACUGAAAGAAGAAAGCGCUAUAUUAUAACGUUAAUUAUGUAGCUUUCGGAUUUCGAUGUGGAACAGAUGCGGUUGUCUCGAUUGUUAUACAAUACCACAUUAAAAUACGAAAAUAGCAUAAGCCGGUGAGAAUAAUAAUAAUUAUACUUCGAAUGGUAAUGGUGUGUGAAAAAUGGAGUGAAACUUUUGACCCACAGGUGAUUUUGACUGCUUUUAACAUAAGAAAAAAUGUCAAACAACUUUUGUUCAGUUACUGUUGUACGGUUACCUGUAAUGUGGAUAAAUUAAGUCGUUAAACCUUUUCUCAUUUCACUAGAAGGCAAUACAUCUAAUGGAUAAUUAUAUGUCGGCUUUCAGAUUUGCAACAAUCAUCGCAAACACCAUCACAUAAAACCCAAAGAGAACUAAAGCGUAAAACAGAAAAAAAAACAUCCAUGUCAUUGGUUAACAACAACGUGCGAGAAAUUGUUUUUCCUUGUCCGUGUAAAACGAACGUACUUAAUUUGCAUAAAAAAAAGGUUGACAGCAACACUUACCCAGAGUGAAGAGAAAAAUGGCAUGACAUCGGCGUCCCUACAACGAACGUUGAACGGAAGCUAUGGAUGGCGAAAACCGCAUUAUUCUUAAUGUGGGUGGUAUCAGAUACGAAACGUACAAAGCUACGCUGAAAAAAAUUCCAGCUACACGCUUAUCUAGACUGACUGAAAAUCUUGCUAACUAUGAUCCUGUUUUGAAUGAAUAUUUUUUUGAUAGGCAUCCAGGUGUGUUUGCACAAAUUUUAAAUUAUUAUAGAACGGGAAAGCUACACUAUCCGACCGAUGUGUGUGGUCCACUGUUCGAAGAAGAAUUAGAAUUUUGGGGAUUAGACUCUAAUCAAGUUGAACCGUGCUGUUGGUCCACGUACAGUAUCCAUCGAGAUACACAGAAUACGUUGGCAAUUCUUGACAAACUCGAUCUUGAUAAUGAAGAACCAACCGAAGAGGCAGUUGCACGUUUAUUUGGUUUCGAAGAUGCCUUGUUAAAUGGCGAACUAUCAUGUUGGCAACGUACCAAACCCAAAAUAUGGGCGUUAUUUGAUGAGGGGUCAAGUUCUACAGGUGCUCGGGUUGUAGCCGGAGCAUCUGUAUUAUUUAUAAUGGUUUCUGUGAUAUCUUUUUGCUUGAAAACACAUCCGGGAUUUCGUGUCGAAACCCCAGUUAUCGUUGAUAGCAUAACAAAUAGUUCGAGUGCCGUAUAUCAAAAUUUAAGUGUAACAACUGCACGUACCACGUAUUAUGGACGUAAUGGAAGAAAUGGCCGAAUAUCAACACGAUAUUCUAGUUAUGCGGGCGAUGGUUGGCAAGAUACAUAUGGUCAACCACACGAAGCAUUUUUUUAUGUGGAACUAGUUUGUAAUGUGUGGUUUUUCGUUGAACUAAUAAUUCGGUUUGUGGUGUCACCGAAUAUGUUGGACUUCAUAAAAUCACCGGUUAAUAUGAUAGACUUAGUUGCUACGUUAAGCUUUUAUACCGACAUAUUGCAACGUAUGGGAGAACCAACCGGACUUUUCGAAGCAUUUUCAAUAGUUAGAAUAUUACGAUUGUUUAAAUUAACGCGACAUUCACCAGGACUACGGAUACUUAUACAUACCUUUAAAGCGUCAGCCAAAGAAUUGACUUUAUUGGUAUUUUUUCUGGUAUUGGGCAUCGUUGUAUUCGCCAGUCUGGUCUAUUAUGCUGAAAAAUUACAGGAUAAUCCGGAUAACCAAUUUAAAAGCAUACCACUUGGAUUGUGGUGGGCCAUCGUCACAAUGACGACCGUUGGAUACGGUGAUAUGGCACCGAAGACAUAUGUUGGAAUGUUUGUUGGGGCUCUAUGCGCACUGGCUGGUGUAUUAACCAUUGCAUUGCCCGUACCAGUAAUUGUCAGCAACUUUUCCAUGUUCUAUUCACACACACAGGCACGUUCGAAACUACCUAAACGACGUCGUCGAGUUUUGCCGGUGGAGCAGCCAAGGCGCAAACGAGAAGUUGGAGUAACAAAUCGACGAAUGAAUGCUCUAAAACAGCAUCAACAUACCCAUCCAGCUACACACACACAUCCUGCCAUCUUUAAGGAUGCUUUCGGUAGUGCUAAAAUAGGUCAUGUGAAUGGCGUUAAUGUCAUCGGUCUAACUUUACAAGGUCCAUCAGUACCACUAGCUGCAAUUCGUCCUCCUGCCGUUCAGCAAGGAGAAUUUCUCAACGUACCACAAAUAGCAUCAUUACAACCCAGAGCUGCUACAACCGGUAGCGAUGUAAUGUUAACAUUACAACCGAAAUUAUUAGCACCGUUAGUUGUGGCUGAGCGUCCUACAAAUGGUCACGAUAUACCACUCGAACAACCGAAGGUUACUUUACAGAAAGAAGAGAAUAAUUUUCAAGAAUCUAAUUGCGACAAUUCAAAUGAAUAAAUCGAAAUAAAAUCUACAAUUUCAAA